GAUCACAUUUCGCGCGUAACUUGGUUCCAUGUUCAUGUGGAAGCAAGUUCCGGUGAGCCGAGACACUGAAGUGUAGUUGAUCAGACGAAGUGGCAACUAUUUAUUUGUCGCUCGUUCCGUCGUGAACAAAUUCGUGCUACGUUGAGGGCGGACAAUGUCUCAGCCACGAGUUACUGAUUUCUUUGUGCAGAGAAAGAAAAGUGAUUUAUCCAGGGCUUCGCGUGCUAAAGGACAGAAAUCAGACAACAAUGGUGCACUCGCAGUGGACACUGCGACAUUAGCAGUCAGGCCGAAAACCAGACAAAAUCGGUCGAAGAACAUAAUUGCGGUGAAAAACACGGUGAAAUCCACGCGUUCGGAUAAAGCAGUUGAAGAGGAGUUUUUGAGAGUUAUUGACGAGGCAACAUCUGUUAAAGUGGGGUCUGAACCAGCGUCGCUGAUUAGGUCUGACUCUGAAACGCUCACUUUGUAUGAGAGCCCCAAAACCCCGAAAAGAACGUGUGCGGACGCGGAGUUCGAUUUAGGCUCAGCCGUGUUCUCUACCACUGCCGACCACAGCACAGCGAAGAAAAAACGACUGCAAGUUGAAUCAAGCGUUACAGUGAAAGUCGUCGACAAAACAUCAGUAAAGACCGCCAGAAAGAAAUUAAUCCUCUCAAAAGCCACUGAGCAGCAAGAUGUGGAGCAAGGUGUCCUGCAGUUGCCACAAAAUUUACCACAGUCAGUUGAUAAUGACUCAAAGACCACCACCACCAAAAACCGUAACCAGAGCACAGCCAAUAAGUCACCAACUGGUAACGAGGCUCUCUCCAAAGAUGCUGUUACCACCCUUAAGGCUCGGCUUCAGAAGAUCAAGGCCCAGGCGGAGAAGCUCUCCUCUUCACCCUCCCCAGCCCCUGAAGCUGUGGCUACUGCCCCAGGUCUCCAGGCCAAGCUAGCCCGUGCCAGACAGCUUGCUGCCCGGGCCGAGCAGAGGAAGGUCUGGGCUACUGAGGACCAAGCCCAGCCACCGGCAGAGGAAGAGGAGAAGCAACCAAGCUAUCAGCGGUACCACACCCUAGCACAGGACAUUCCUCCGGGGCUCAGUUUGCCCUACCACUACAAGCUGCUGGCUGACACGUUCCGCAGCAUGGACACCAUUACAGGCAUGCUCUUCAACCGCUCAGAAACCGUCACCUUUGCUAAGCUCAAACAGGGAGUCGAGGACAUGACACGCAGGCGUUUUGAGGAGACUCAUGUUGGCCAGAUCAAGACAGUCUAUCCAUCAGCCUACACCUUCCGCCAGGAGAGGAACAUCCCAACCUUCAGCUCUACCCUCAAGAAGUCGAGCUACCAGCUCACCUUGGAGCCUGUUCUAGAAGAUUCCGAGGGCACGGGGAAGCAAGAGACGCGGCCGACGUUGUCUGCCUCCCUCCAACUGGAGCGGAGGCGUAUCUUCCACAAGAGCCUGGUCAACAUGGUGAAGGAGCACCACAUGGUGUUCUUGUCCUCGCUGAACCCCCCGGUUACAGUCCCUGAUGACAUGCUGACCCGCUGGCACCCCCGCUUCAAUGUAGACCAGGUGCCCCAGCCCCAACCCAGCUUCCUGCCACAGCCCCCUCAGACAGAGAAGCUGACCACAGCUCAGGAGGUUCUGGAUAAGGCCCGUUCCAUCAUGACCCCCAAGAUGGAGAAGGCUCUGGCCAACAUGGCCCUGAAGACUGCAGAGACUGCCCGUGCCAAAGAGCUGGAGUGUGUCCCUCCACAGCCAGACACAAUUCCUAAGUCUGCCCUAGGGCCGAACCCUGUUGAAACCCCCAGUGCCCUCAAAGGAGUGUCCCAGUCCCUGCUAGAGAGGAUACGUACUAAGGAAGCUCAGAAGCUGCAAGUUGCCAUGACCCGGAACCCCCUGCAGGAGGAACGCCUGCUGAUGUUGUCACGACUCUGCGAGCUGGCAAGGAUCCUGAGGAAUGUCUUUGUGGCUGAGAAGAAACCUGCCCUCAUCAUGGAGCUGACGUGCAACCGCAUGGUUUCCAGCUACCGCUCCGCUCUCAGCACAGGGGAGAUGGAGAAACACCUCAGACUGCUGGCAGAGCUGACCCCUGAGUGGCUGGUCAUUCACAAAAUCAGAAAGCAUUUUUAUCUCAAGCUGAACAAGACCAUGGACCUCAGCAUGGUUCUGCAGAAACUCAACCACAAGAUGAAAGAAAUUUGAGAACAUUGCCACAAUUUCUCCCUCAACAUCCACAUCAAAAUGUGGGAUUUGAUUUGUCUAAACAGUAUCUCUAAAUGGUUCUCAUUGCCACCACAUUGCUUUUACUAGUCCAAUCACCCGUGAGUGCCUAAUGUAUGGUUCUAGAACUGGGAGAUGGACUAAAUGUGCAAUUUAUAGUGAUGAAAUGGUGAGAAGUUGAUUAGUGUAAACAUAUACCUGACUUUAUCAAGUUUUAAUUACAGGCUUUGUUCAAUGUCAAUUCUAAAACAAGUAAAAACUAGUACAUCUGAA